AUGGAUACAGAAACUGAAAGACUAGUGAAGGAUUUUACAAGUGUUCUUGAUGAAUUGACUUUUAAUUCAAAACCUAUCAUUACGACUUUAACUAAAUUAGCAGAAGAAAACAUAUCAUGCGCUCAAUAUUUUGUGGAUGCCUUAGAGACUAGAAUAAAUAAAUGUGUUCCAACACAGAAAUUAUAUGCAUUUUAUGCAUUAGAUUCCAUUUGUAAAAAUGCUGGUAGUCCCUACACAAUUUAUUUUAGUAGAAAUUUGUUUGCAUUAUACAAAAAGACUUACCUUUUAGUUGAUAAUACAACAAGAAGUAAACUUAUAUCAUUAUUCAAGACAUGGAUGACCCCAAGUGAAGCUACAGGAAGUCCCUUAUUUGAGACAUCAUCCCUAGGGAAAAUUGAGACUUUUUUAAUUAAAGCAAGUGCAUUACAUCAAAAGAAUUAUCAAUCUAUGUUACCAACUCCAACUGUACCAUUAUUAUUAGCAGACAUUGAUAAAUUGACUAUUUUAACAAAGCAAAGAUUGGUUAAAGCACCUACUGAUCAAAAGUUAAAUAUAAAAUUACAAGUUCUGGGACAAUUGAAACAAGAAUUACAAAAGGGUAAAUUAUCACAAGCUGCAUUAAGGCAAGUACAAUUACAACUAAAAGAAGUAUUUUCACAGGAUCAACAACUAAUACAACAACAAUAUGAAUAUGAACAAAAAACUCAACAGAGGCAGCAAUACCAACAACAGCAACAACAACAACAUCAUCAACAAAAGAGAUUAGAUGGCUCAGAUUCUCUUGGGACUAAUGAGAGUCAAAAAUCUAGUUCGUCUACACCUAUCCCAUUGUUUGAUAAUAUGACAAGUUUAGGUUCAAACGUAUCCUCCCUCUUUGCAAAUACAACGGGAGUGUUAUCAUCCCAAAAAUUAGAUGUAAUGGAAAAGGCCAAUAAAGAAUCAAAAGUUCAAAAUUUAUAUCAGUCAUUGAACAAUUUGGGAUUAUUGUAUAAACCUCAGAACGAAUCAAUCGUAGCUCUCUAUGAUAAGAUUAAGCCUAAUGAAUCUGAUAUCUCAGCCAAAGAUCAUGAAAUCCAAUUACCCCCAGUUGAAAUGUUACAAAAUAUUGUUUUAGAUUGCAAAGCAUAUUUUGCAAAUGUUAAUAUUAAUAUUUCGAAUAUACCAUCACUAUCAUUUAGUCAAGAAAAUUUGACUAAUCCCAAUAACGUUGUAUUAAACAAUUUAAUACAUUUACUAUAUCGUGCUAAGUCGAACAAAUGUAAUACAUGUGGUAAAAGGUUCGGUAACUCAAACGAUGAGAAAAGGUUAUUAAGCGAACAUUUAGAUUGGCACUUUAGAAUUAACAAAAGAAUAAAAGGUUCAUCUCAAGUAAUUUCGAAUAGUAAUACAGGGGCUACCGCAAUGCAAAAAAAUAUCCAAUCAAGAAAUUGGUAUUUGCAAGAUUCUCAAUGGAUUAGCUUUAAUGAUGAUGAUAUCACAUCAACUAAAAAUAUCGUAAACGACAAUGAUGGACGUAAUAGGAAUAGAAGAGAUGAUAAAUGGAAAAAUAUGGGCGACAAUUCAAGUAAAAUCGGUCAUAAUCCAUCAUCCUCAGGGACUGAUGGAACUCUUAACGACGGUACGAUUAAUGAAGAUAUAUUACGCGAGGCAAAGGUAUCUGUCCCUGAAACGAAUGUCGAUAUGACAUUCAAAUGCCCUAUAUGUAAGGAUACUGUUGGUGCAGUAUAUGAUGAAGAUUCUGGUGAGUGGGUUUGGAAGAAUACUGUUUAUAUUAAUGGCAAAUAUUUCCAUGCUAUUUGUUAUUAUGAUUCUAUUAAAAAUAAUACAAAUGGAGAUUAUUCUUCGGCUCUUCAGAAUUUUAGAAAGCUCAUAAAAUGA